UGGCAGAGGGAGGUAAAAAGACACUAAGAUGUCAAAAGUAGGACGACGUGUCUUUGACAACUUGACACGUUAUUCUCUGUGUCGCUGCAUUUUUCUGAAUGGAGGACUGGUGAAUUUAAGGGGACUGAACUCUCUACGGCCGCUUUCGGUCACAUCGCAGCUCUCCGCACAGUCCGGCAAAACGAAAGGAGAAGAUGAGGAGGAUAAUGAAGAAAUGUCCAAACCCAUUAAAUUUUCCACCAGCCAGGCCAGUCACCGGACGUGGAACGUGGACCGUUCCCUGGGGAGCAAGUUUCAGCGGCCGUGGUGGAAGGUUUUGCCUAUAAGCUUGUUCGGAGUCGCUUUUGUCCUGUGGUGCAUGUUCCGAGAGGAGUCUGAAAUCGACACUACUCUGAAGCGCGAACUUUACGAACACUUACCAGGCCUACUUUCCGACGAAGACCAGGAGAAACUGAAGGACAAAAAAUCCCCGACUUAGAUGGAGUUAGGAUUUUUGAAUGUUUAUUUAUUACUUCUAGAAAACACACCAACAGGAAAGUUAAGUGAACUCAAAAAAACAAGGUGUGAAGAGUAAAGACGGAUUUAUAAUUGUAUCAUCCGUCCGUUUUUGUUUCCAGAUUUCAGAGAGAUGCGUUCCCAUUGCCCCUGGGAACAGGGUCAACUGCGUCUUCACUCAAAACGAACUCUUGUUUAUUGUACUGAUUCUGUAGGAACUGAGCAGUAAAAAUGUGGGGGGU